GACCCAGACCCAGACCCACCACUGCAGGGAAACUGCUGCAGCUGCAUCAGAGAGGUAAGGGCUUUGCAGGUCACACCAGCGGGAAGUGGGACAGAAGGAGCCAGGCACUGACCUGCCUGUCACCAGGUGCACCUUCACAACCCGUUACUCACAGCAAUUCCUCACCCCCCAGGAGAGUCCGGCCCCGUUUCCUGUGCUAACCCACCACACGCUGCCCCAGUUUCCAAGUUUGCAGGAAGACAAAUCCCACUUGCUUACAUCCUGUAUCUAUUCUCACUGCUAAACAUCCCAGCUGCCCGUGGCCACAGUCCUCUCUGCUGAUAGAUGAUGGCAGAGAGGGAAUAGCCCAGAUUUACUCACAAGGAAGGCAGCAGCACACAGUUUCUCUCAGGAAACAGCAACUUUCCUAUCCUAAAGUUCCAUUUGCAAAAUGCUUCCUAAAACUCAGUGGGUGAAACACAUCAUUUGGAGCUCUGGGAGCUGUGUGUCCUACUGCUGCAUGGGGGAUGCAUGGACUAGCCCAUGCCUUCCUCAGCCCAGCGGCAUCUACCCAGGUGGGGCUGUGAUCUCUCUUGGGCACUGCUGCAGGGAUCUGAAUGCAUUAAAGGGGUCACACGGCUCAGAAGUGGCCAGUGCUCCUUUUGGACCCCAGAGCAGAGGGGUUGCCAGUUACUGAUUUUUUUGGACUUGUCACUGAUAGGAGCAAUGCCUUUCCAGGCACCAGGCACAGGCACUGAGCUCCCACUCCAAGCUGCACCGUGCUUCACUGUCAAUCCCGGCCCAACACCCCAUUCAGACCCAAACUGUCCACACUUGUGUUGCAGGAUCUUCCACAAGUGAUGCCAAAGAUAAUCCAAGAGCCUUUGAAGCACAGAAUCAUGUACCAAGCUCACCUCCCUGGUGCAGGCAUCUUCCAGUGCUCCAUCACAGGCCUUGGCUUUAAGGUGAAGUCAGCAGUGACCAUCACCUACAGAUAUGCCACCUGGAGCAGACACCUCAGCAAGGCCUAUGAGGAAAUGUUGGUUCCUGCUGGACCCCUCUUCCACAUCAAGGUGCAGCCCAGCGUCGUGCAGGAGGUGCAUCUCCCCCACUUCCUCUGCUUCUCAGAAGGCAUAGACACCAACCUAUGCUGCAUUGCCCAUUUUAAAUUUGAGAACAUGUUCCUGGAGAGACCAACCAGGGUGGCUGUAUUCUCUGCUGUCCUGAAGAAUCCCAGCUUCUCGCUGAUUGGGGUGCUUUGGAGGAAGAUACGGUCAGCCUUGUAUUCAAUUCCUAUGCAUUCUUUGGUGCUGAUCUACCAGCAGCUCAGGGCUGCAAAUACAACUUUUCACCUCUACCUGAUCCCAGACGACAACUCUGUGAAGCAGGCCAUAGAAAACCAAGAAAAGGAUUGGAAUUCAAAGCUUAUUCCCAAGCCUCCUCCAUUCAGCCCUCUGUUCUUUGGCUGCAUUUACCAGGUGACCAGUACAGAUUUGGUGGUGAUAACACCUGAUGCACACUUGCCAUUUUGUUACAGGAGUCCUAAGGAACAGCAGCUCUUUGUUGAGAUCUACAUCAAGAACAUGGCAGAGGAAAUUGGGCUCCUUAUGAUAAACACACGUGAUAAUACUGAGGUCUGGAGGGCAUCGCUGAGACCAGGUGACAUUAAUGCUCCUGCCGUUGCCUCCAUGAACAUGUCAGGUGGAGCAUUCCUGAAGAAGCACAAGGCCAAACUUUGCUCCAGGAUGAGGCAGCUCACCAUUCUGCCGCACUUGCGGAAUGCAAACGUCAUCAAUAGUGAUGAGGAAGAGGAGCUGCAAAGUCAAAACAAGAGUGUAACAAGGAACCUCAUUUUGCUGGAUCUGAUUGAGAAGAAGGGUCUGGAGGCCCAGGAACAGCUCUACCAGAUCCUCCGUUUGAAAGACCCAUAUCUCAUUGCAGAUCUGGAGAAUUCCAGCUAGGCCUGGAAAAGCAGAACUGCUUUUGCUCCCGUUGCUCAGCUUAGGGGAGCAAUGGAAGGGCAGUUAAAGUGCGGAAUCCCAGUGUUACAAUGGAAAAUGCAAUGAUCCCUCUGAGCUUCCUGGUCCCAGGCCUGCGUUACUUGGCUGAUUCUGUUGCCAGCAGUGGACAUGACAGCUACUGGUGAGAAGCUGCUGGAGCAAGAGACCUUGGUUCCAAAUCCAGUGCCAGUGCCUUGGAUCUGUCUGCUCCCCUGAGUCAGGGCCAUACCUCUCCAGAAGCGCCAUGCAGCUGCUGGGAGGUGAAGGAGCCCCUCUCAAAGGAGCCAUAGAAAAUAACACAAGAGAUUCUUGAGGAAGCUGCUCUAGUGGAAGGUGUCCCUGCCCAUGGCAGGGCAUUGGGACUGGAUGAGCUGUAAGGUCCCUCCCAACCCAACCCAUUCCAUGAUUCUAUGAUUCAGGUUCAUGCAUCUUCAGGCAAAGUCUGACUCAACACUUGGACACGGGCUGGGAGGGGUGCAGGAAUGGACCCAUGCAGAUGGGAAGGGGAACCAGGAAGAACAAAGUGGGGUGAAGCAGAAAGGUGUUUUAAAAGGGGCCAUUUGGUUAUGAACCAGGCUGAGCCCUGUGCAGGUCACCACAGUCUGUCCUGGCUUUUUAUAUUUUCAUAUUAAACGUUUUUGUAAUCAUUUCUCUGCAUCAUCUCGCUCUGAGGUCCGAGUUUGAGUGGGUUCUGCAAGGACCAGAUGCCACCUACUGGGGAGACCUGGGUGUGCAUCGGGGGAUUUGGUGGCACCUGCUGCAGGGGGAAGGGGGUCUUUUACCUCCGGCCACGGGGUGGGAAUGGUAUCCCCAAAACUCGCUACUGGAGGGGACCAGCGUAAUGCAAAUGAGUGGUUCUGUGCAGCUGGAGCUGGA